AUGAGUUCACCAGCGAACCUUUUCCCCGGACUGAACGACAUAACUGAUGUGCUGGAGGAAUUCCCACUAGCCACGUCGAGGUAUUUAACCUUAUUACAUGAAAUAGAUGCGAAAUGCGUGCAUUCUAUGCCCAACUUGAACGAAAGAAUAGACAAGUUUUUGAAGAAGGAUUUCGAUAAAGAUCACCAAACACAGGUGGGGCUCCUCAAUACCAUCAACAAGAUCUAUGAAGAACUGAUGCCGUCGUUAGAGGAAAAGAUGCACGUGUCGUCGAUUAUGUUGGAUAACCUAGAUAGGCUAACGUCCCGAUUAGAAUUGGCAUAUGAAGUCGCCAUUAAGAAUACAGAAAUACCCAAGGGUCUAAGAUUGGGCGUGGACAACCAUCCGGCAAUGCACCUGCAUCAUGAACUAAUGGAAAAGAUAGAAACGAAAUCAAACAGCAAAUCAUCGCAGGCACUUAAAAGCGAAUCGAGAAGGGAGGCCAUGGCUGCCAACAGGAGACAGGGUGAGCAUUACUCGGCCAAUGCACAACCACAAGAUGAUUUGAAGAACGAUGCCAACUACGCGGCGGGCAGACCGGAGAGCCAGGACUACACUACCAACAACGCCAACUCAAGGAAAAGAACCAGCGCUGCCAACGCCAACACCAAUGUCACGGAAACAGAGACCAAAAAACGCAAGAGGAGAGUUGCCACUACAUCCGUUCCAUUAGCCACCGUCAGGACCACCGCUGCCGUCAACAGCAACAGCAGCAGGAUAUCGAGACCAAAGACGAACGACUAUGGUGAACCGCUAUACUGCUAUUGCAACCAAGUAGCGUACGGCGAGAUGGUGGGCUGUGAUGGAGCAGACUGCGAGCUAGAGUGGUUCCACUUGCCGUGCAUCGGACUCGAGACGCUCCCCAAGGGCAAAUGGUACUGCGACGAUUGUAAAAAAAAGCUAUGA